UGUAUGGAGUUCGGCCAUGUUGGGUGUAUGUUACAGCAGGAAUGUGUAUAUCAACAAAGGGAUCGAACAUAAUAUGUGACUUGUGAUCAAUAAAUCCUGGCUGAUUAAUAGACGGUAUGUUAUUGUAAGUCAGCUAUCAUCAAACAUAACAGGUGUAUUUGUCUGGAGAGGUGACAAGAACAUAAAUACAUGAAGCAAAACUAUGAAGAAAUAUUUUAAUAACAGAACCAAUGAGUCUAACUCUGAAAAAUCAAGCAUUUUCUCAGAUUCCAAUAUGUUCUCAAAGGAGAUCGUAAACAUAAAUCCCAAACCUUUCCCGUGUUCUGAAUGUGAAAAAUGUUUUGUCACCAAAGCGAAUCUGGUUCGUCAUCAGAAAACCCACACAGGAGAGAAACCGUUCUCAUGUUCUGAAUGUGGAAAAUGUUUUGGGCGACAUUCAACUCUUGUCAUUCAUCAGAAUACACACACAGGAGAGAAACCGUUCUCAUGUUCUGAAUGUGGAAAAUGUUUUAUCACUAAAUCAAAACUUGUUCUUCAUCAGAGAACCCACACAGAAGAGAAACCGUUCUCAUGUUCUGAAUGUGAAAAAUGUUAUGUCGCCAAAGCGCAUCUUGUUCGUCAUCAGAGAACCCACACAGGAGAGAAACCGUUCUCAUGUUCUGAAUGUGGAAAAUGUUUUGGGCGACAUUCAACUCUUGUCAUUCAUCAGAAUACACACACAGGAGAGAAACCAUUCUCAUGUUCUGAAUGUGGAAAAUGUUUUAUCACUAAAUCAAAACUUGUUAUUCAUCAGAGAACCCACACAGAAGAGAAACCGUUUUCAUGUUCUGAAUGUGGAAAAUGUUUUGUCACCAAAAUACAUCUUGUUCAUCAUCAGAGAACCCACACAGGAGAGAAACCGUUCUCAUGUUCUGAAUGUGGAAAAUGUUUUGUCACCAAAACGCAUCUUGUUCGUCAUCAGAGAACCCACACAGGAGAGAAACCGUUCUCAUGUUCUGAAUGUGGAAAAUGUUUUGGGGAACAUUCAACUCUUGUCAGUCAUCAGAAUACACACACAGGAGAGAAACCGUUCUCAUGUUCUGAAUGUGGAAAAUGGUUUGUCACCAACACGUAUCUUGUUCGUCAUCAGAGAACCCACACAGGCGAGAAACCGUUCUCAUGUUCUGAAUGUGGAAAAUAUUUGAACACUAAGGCAGAGCUUGUUCGUCAUCAGAGAACUCACACAGGAGAGAAACCGUUCUCAUGUUCUGAAUGUGAAAAAUGUUUUAUCACUAAUGCAGAGCUUGUUCGUCAUCAGAGAACUCACACAGGAGAGAAACCAUUCUCAUGUUCUGAAUGUGAAAAAUGUUUUGUUACUAAUACAGAUCUUGUCAGUCAUAAGAGAACUCACACAGGAGAAAAACCGUUCUCAUGUUCUGAAUGUGGAAAAUGUUUUGGGCAACAUUCAACUCUUGUCAGUCAUCAAAGAACUCACACAGGAGCGAAACCAUUCUCAUGUUCCGUAUGUGGAAAUUGUUUUGGGCAACAUUUAACACUUGUUAGACAUCAGAGGACUCACACAGGUGAGAAACCGUUCUCAUGUUCUGAAUGUGGAAAAUGUUUUCGGCAAUAUUCAACUCUUGUCGGUCAUCAUAAAACUCACACAGGAGAGAAACCGUUCUCGUGUUCUAAAUGUGGAAAAUGUUUUGUCACCAAGGCGCAGCUUGUUCGUUGUCAGAGAACUCACACAGGAGAGAAGCCUUUCUUAUGUAGUAUAUGUGGGAAAUGUUUUGCUAGUAAAUCAGAGCUUAUCAGUCAUCAAAUAACUCACACAGGUGAGGUGAUUUUGUAAUGCAUCUAUGGAUUAACAUUGGAAUAAAAUAUCUUGUAUUGUGA